AGAGCGACGAGGCGUUAAGAAAUGAUGAAGCAGCAGCGUCAAGGUCACUUUUGAAUUUGACAGCAACCGCAACGAUUAGCUUGAAAACGAUGGCGACGAACCCUCUAGGAUCUGCAACUCCACUGGAGGCAACGCGAACUAUGGCCGAAACGGCUAAAGCUCAAGCGGAGGCAGCGGAAGCUGAAGCGCAAGUGGUUCUAGCACAAGCAGAGGCUGCUCAAGCUCUCGUGGAGGCAGCGCGAGCUCAAGCCGAAAGUGCUCGUGCUCGAGCUGAGGCGUCUCAAACUCUGGCACAAUGGUCGAGAACUCAAGCGACAGCUGCACAGGCACUCGUGGAUAAGCUGGCUGGCUAAUGUGGAGGAGAGACGCGAAGAACAACCACUAGCAUAACAAAUUUAUAUUACUAAAAAAAAUGCACGCAAGAGCUCAGUUAUCUUUUGCUGAUUAUUUGUUGUCAGCAAGUUGCUGUAUGGUUGCUUGGUGCUAAAUAAGAAAAUCAAAUUUUCAGGUUA